AUGUCGCAAAGUCUCCGCCCCUAUUUGCAGUGUGUCCGUGUGAGUCUCACGGCUGCUUUGGCAGUCUCGAAUUUCGCGUCCCAAACCAGCGAGCGCCACAACGUCCCAGAAGUGGAAGCGGGAAGCUCUCCAGAGCUCAUCUUGAACCCGGUCACAAUCAGCCGUAAUGAGCAUGAGAAGGUCCUUAUUGAACCCAGUGUCAACUCUGUCCGCUUCUCGAUCCGGAUCAAGCAGGCAGAUGAAAUUGAACACAUCCUUGUCCACAAGUUCACACGAUUCCUCACGCAGCGCGCGGAGUCAUUCUUUAUCCUCCGAAGAAAGCCCAUGCCGGGCUAUGACAUCUCGUUCCUGAUCACCAAUGCACACACCGAAGCGAUGUUGAAGCAUAAACUUGUCGACUUUGUUAUUCAAUUUAUGGAGGAAGUUGAUAAGGAAAUUUCGGAGAUGAAACUAUUCCUGAAUGCACGUGCUCGUUUCGUCGCCGAAUCCUUCUUGACUCCGUUCGAUUAA